GGCAUAUGGUCACGGGAUAUCAUUUCGAGCUGCGGCUUGAUCAAAAGUGAUCACUUACUACAGCUUUAUCCAGCUCAUUCUACUCUGUAGCCGAAUGAGCACAAAGCAAAAUAUACUCGAAGACUCGGAUAGGAAGAGCGCUUAUCGCAUAGGCAGAGCAUGCGACGAAUGCAGGAGAAGGAAAGUGCGAUGCAGUGGAGUUUAUCCGUCAUGUCACCGCUGUAAAACGCAAGGUAUCGAAUGUCAUUAUAAAAAUCCUAUCAAAAAGCGAGGUCCGUCGAAAGAAAGUUUGGAAAAUCGACUACACAAGAUGGAGGCUCUCAUCAGCACGUUAGUGACCGAGAACCAACCUGAAACCCCACUCGGAGCUAGAGAGACCCAUGCUUCGAUGCAAGAUCAACCAUUCAAUAUGCAUAUGAAGGAAGGCAGCGCCGAAUCGUCUAUGUUGAGUGGCUCCGAAGACGCUCCCGAAUACUUUCCCGCUGUUCCAUUAGCUUCGCACAUACAUCGGAAGAUGACUGUGGUGGAGACGGAUCCACCUUCCCCUUCGUCAGCAUCUACAUUGUCUUCAGUGGAAGAGCUUACCAAAAAUCUGGAGAAUCUCGCCGUAUUGGACAAAUUUGGCAAUCUUCGAUAUUAUGGUAAUUCUUCUGGACUGUAUGUGUUUAAAUCGAGUGACAAACUUCGUCACAGAUCCUUCAACUUCCGGGACAGAUAUGAUCCAUCGAAAUACAACAAGUGUGAAUGCAUCGCGAACGAGAAAAACCAAGCUCACGCCACACCUCCCAUCAUGCCUCCACCGGAUUUGGCAAAUCAUCUCAUCGAUAUCUAUUUCAAAUAUUGUUAUCCGGUGCUUCCAGUACUGCACAAGGGAAACUUUUUGGAAAAGCUGAAGAAUCCAGAGGAUCCGCCUGCACCUAUUUUACUGAAUGCCAUUUUUGCCAUAGCUUCUCGGCUAUCGUCCGAUGCAAGAGUAAGCGAAGGCGGCGACCAUUAUGGUACAGCCGGAAUGGUGUUUUACAAACGUGCCAUGGAGCUUUUAGAUGAUGAUAUGGACAGAGUGAAUGUAACAACCAUUCAAGCUUUGCUUCUUCUGGCUAGUCAUCAGUAUGCCGUGAAAAAGGGAAACCGUUCAUGGAUUACCAAUGGCAUGGCAUUCCGUAUAGCCCAAAGCAUGGGCAUGAACCGCAACUGCGAUCAUUGGAAUAUACCGAAGGUUCAGCGAGAAGAACGAAAACGAGCUUUCUGGUGCUGCUAUAUUGUAGAUCGAAUGUCCAGCCUCAGUUAUGGUCGACAGCUGGCUCUGGAUGAUCGGGAAAUAGACGUCACCUUUCCUUCCAUGGAAGAUGAUACCAGUGAUGGGUCGAUGCCUGUAGUGGACUACAUGGGCCAAUACAUCAAAUUAUGUCAAAUAAUGAGCAAGGUACUGGAAGACAUUUACUCCGUCACAAUAGACCACACGAAGGUCUCACCUGUAGAAAAGAUCUCCAAACUACAUGCUAUGUUGCACGAAUGGAAAGUGGAAUUACCUUCCUCCUUGCAAUAUGAACCGCAGCACAAUCUCAGUCGUCAAAUCCCACACCUAGCAGUUUGCCAAAUGCAUAUGCAUUACUACAACGCGGUCAUCGUCCUUCAUCGACCGUAUAUACCAAUUUCUCAACCACGCAUACCAUACCCUUCAUUACAAAUUUGCAUCUCGGCCGCGUACUCUAUCCUCAACAUUGCAGAGAGUUUAUCCAAUGAAGGAAGGUUCAAAUACUCAUUGAAUUUCGCCGUCCUUUCUCUGCUUACGUGCGGCGCGAUGUUCGCCAGUCUUGCGGCGUCAGAAGAUAAUCGGAUCGCCAUGGAGGCCAACGCGUCCAUGGUUAGACUUUUGCACCUUCUAAAUGAUCUUGAUGAUAGCUGGGGUGGUGGUGUUCGCUUUAGCGGUCUAUUUGAUGCUCUCUCAACCAUUCGUUUAGUCAAUCGCCCAGACGCUGAACCACAGUCACAGCCAACCCAUGCAUCCUCUUCGCAAACAGAGCCUGUAGCAAAUUAUAAUUCAAUGCAACUGUUCAAUACGCAUUCAAUUCCAUAUCAGAGCUCAUCUACUCUGCAGACGUCUUAUGAUAAUAUCCUGACGCAAAGCUCACUUCUUGGUGACGCAUCACUUGGUAACGACAUGACAUUACCUGGCAUACCACUGAUGAACACAGCUGAGUGGGACAAUAGCUUUGCAGGCGUACCGGACAUAUUUCAAAAUUGGCAAAACGCUGAUGUCGAAUUUAUGGAUAUCGUGACAAUGGAAGGUCUUCUUGAAAUGUAGCCACACAGAGAGUGAAUUCAUUUUCGCAUUGUACAUUAUAUAAUUUCAUUAUUGCAUUUCUACCAAUUUUUUCAUGUAUCAUUUAUUUUAUUUUUGCAUUUGUGUUUCGUUGAAACUCAUAAAACUUUCAUCCCGGA